UCAAAUGUGCUUCACUUUUCUUCAGCCUACCACAUUGCGAAAGGCCUUGGUAUUUCGUCAUAUUUUUACACUCAGCAGGAGGAGUCUAGUUAGUUGAUUCAUACUACUUUCGGGAAAGUGUUUUCGUGUACUUUUUCAGUGCUAAGUAUCGUAUACUAGUAGACACACACACACAAACAGAAAAUGUCUUCCCCGUGGGCAACGAUUCAACCCGUCGCGGCAGUGGAUCUGCAGGAGAUCAUGUCAGAAGAGUUCGCACGAGAGCUGCAAUCGAAGGAAGCUCCAUCGUCGCAUACUGUAGCGGAACCGCAGCAACCAGCAACUUCCGCAUCAUCCAAGCAGCUGGAACCAGGCCCGUCGUCAUCGAAGAGCGUACCGGUGCCGGUGGUGGAUUCAUUCGAAGAACCGGUAGCCGGUUGUUCCCGUCCGCUCGAUCCUGGGAAACACUUGAUGCAAGAUGUUCCCGAAGAUGUGCUGCGAGCAAUCGAACAAGCGGACCAGAAGGAGAUCGAUUCCGAUGCCAUCAUUGCCCAAAUGCUGCAGGCACAGUUCGACGCUGAGUACGAUGCGCAAAUCAAGCGCGAGGAAAACCACCGAAACAAGGAUUCGAAGGUGAAGGUGUCCUAUAAAAACUAUCGAGUUAUUCCGGAGGAGCUGCUGUACGAGGAACCGGUGGAGAUUGCAGUGGACCAAAAGGCGGAUUGGGAUCGGUUUGAGACGAACGAGAAGGAGCAAAAGUUGUUGCCCCGUGUCGGCUUUCGGUUGAACGAACAGGGUGAAAUGCUAACGAAACACAAUCUCGACAUCAGCGGCCGUAGCAAUGCGUGCAAAGUGAUGUCCUUCCCGCCCGAAUUCUCCACCGGUGAUGCAGCCGGGUUCGACAUGAAGCUAUCGAACAAGGUGUUUAACCAGCUCAAGUCCCACUCGAAGAAAGCGACAAAGAUGAAGCACAAGGCACAGGACCGGAAGGAAAACAUUGCCACCGCCGAGAUGGGUUUGGACGAGCCGACGCGCUUGAUACUGUACAAGUGGAUCAACAAUCAGCUGCUCGAAUCGAUCGACGGUGUGAUAUCGACCGGCAAGGAGGCCGUCAUACUGCACGCCGAGACCGAUCCGUACAAUCCCAACCUGGCGGAGGAUGAGCCCGUCCCACCGAAGGAGGUCGCCAUCAAGGUGUUCAGUACGACGCUGAACGAGUUUAAGCAGCGUGAUCGGUACAUUAAGGACGACCAUCGGUUUGCGGGCCGAUUUUCAAAGCAAAACGCACGCAACGUCAUUAACAUGUGGGCCGAGAAGGAGCUGCGCAAUCUGUGCCGGAUUCACCGCGUGGGCAUCCUCUGUCCGAAGAUUGUGGCGCUCAAGAAGAAUGUGCUGGUGAUGGAGUUUAUCGGGCAAAAUAUGAUUCCGGCCCCGAAGCUGAAGGAGGCCAUUCUUUCCGAUGUGCAGCUGAACGAUGCCUACCUGGAGGUGGUAGAGAUAAUGCACAAACUGUACAAGGAGGCCCAUCUGGUGCAUGCGGAUCUGUCGGAGUACAACAUCCUGAUGCACGACAACCACUGCUGGAUCAUCGAUGUGGCACAGUCCGUCGAGCCAGGCCAUCCCGGAGCGCUAGAAUUCUUAAUGAGGGACUGCAACAACAUUAGCAGCUUCUUCACCAAACGUGGCGUGGCCGAUGUAAAAAGCAAGGAAGAUCUUUUCUUCGAUAUAACUGGACUGGAUCCGCUAUCGCACAAUGCUGCCGUACUGGAGCGCAUCCACAUGAAGGGAGAACCGGCACAUAUCGUCUCUGCGAUCGAUGACGACACGCCGGAAAAGUAUAAACCGAUGCGAUACCCGUUCGAGUUUGCCUGGUCCGUAGCAGCGAACAGCAAAUCGAACAAGGCUAAAGCAAACAAACUAAACGCUGGUGUGUGUUCUUCGGACGAAGAAGUAGUGACGAAAGAGGAGCUCAUAGCUGUUGCUUAAAAUGCUGCUUUCACUGAGGAAUCGAAAAUAGAAAUUUAGUUGAAUGUUUCCAGAAGAAAACACUAACGAAAGCAGCAACGACUUGCGUGAAGCACAUGAUCAAGAUAAGUACAUCAGCUUUUUUAUUGCCAAACCUCCAAAAAACUUUCAUAUUAGUACAACUCUAAAUAACCGUUGUCGCGUUUGAGUUGCCUUGCCUCGGGCUGUAUACAAUUCGGAGCAAAUACUAUUGAUCUAAGCGCUUCACGUUCGACGCAGAUAAACUUGGAAAUUGUUUAGUCUUUUGGGUGAUUUUGUUCUCCGGAUCAUUGGACGUUUUUCUUAAACUGAAGUGAAACUUCAACCUAUUAUUACGAGCGGGCUCCGUUUUUCCGAAAUUUUGAACGCGUAUGAAAUAAAUGCAUUCGAUGGUGAAACAGCACACACUCAGGAGUGUUACUCAGUGGAGACUGCUUUCUAUCGGUCGGUCUUCUACAAACUAUGCUCAACAGUAUAAUAUUUAUUACGACGGGCUCAAUAAAUUAUGCAUCAUUUGCUACAAAA